GCGGCUAUCUCGCGGGCUGCGAAGGCGACCUCAACGGAACCAACGCCCUCGGUCGUCGCCUUCCUUCCGGUUCCUUCGCCGCCCGCCCUUUCCGAUGUCCGACGCUAGACGUCACUCGUCGCGCCCGCUGAUGGACCUCGACAUCGAUCUCGAUGGCUCCCCGUGGCCUCCCUCCUUCGCCGCGACCCCCCUGUCCCAGUUUGUAAUCUCCUCGUCCCCUUCUCUUCCGCCGCCGCUUCUUCCGCCUCCGUCUCUAUUGAUCGGACAUCCUUCGUCGCUGCUUUGGAUCGCGGAGGAUACAGCUGCCGAAGUAUCGAGCGCUCGUAUUGGGGAUCAGGCAUUUUUCAAUGAUACAACUGAGAAGGCCUAUGGAGCCGAGGGAAACAAGAGGCAGCUUCAACCAGCAACAGAAGAGCAUGUAGAUGCAUCCUGUGUGAUCAAAGAGAGGAUGACACAGGCACUACGGCGCUUUAAGAAAUCCACAGAUCAGCAUGUACUGGCUCAGGUGUGGGCACCUGCAAAGAACGGGGACCGUUGUGUUCUCACAACUUCAGGGCAACCCUUCGUCUUGGAUCCUCAGAGUACAACGCUCCUACAGUACAGGACAGUGUCUCUGAUGUACAUAUUUUCUGUAGAUGAGGAUGAAUGUGAUGCAUAUCUCGGUCUGCCUGGUCGUGUCUUUACUAAAAAAAUGCCAGAAUGGACACCAAAUGUGCAGUACUAUAGCAGCAAGGAGUAUCAGCGACUUAACUAUGCCCUGCUUUAUAAUAUUCAGGGGACCUUGGCAUUGCCAGUUUUUGACCCUGCUGGUCAGUCCUGCAUUGCGGUGGUUGAGCUAGUCUUGACAUCACAAAAGGUCAACUAUGCCUAUGAUGUUGAUAAAGUUUGCAAAGCUCUUGAGACUGUAAACUUAAAAAGUUCUGAAAUCGUGGACCUUGCAAAAGUUGUGAUUGCUAAUGAUGGACGACAAGCAGCUCUAGCUGGAAUUCUGGAAAUUCUUACUAUUGUCUGUGAAGCACAAAAGUUGCCACUUGCCCAGGCUUGGGUUCCAUGCAGACAUAGGACUAUUCUGGCUCACGGUGGUGGGCUUAAGAAGACUUGUUCAAGCUUUGAUGGAAGUUGCAUGGGACAAGUCUGCAUGUCAACUACAGAUGUUGCUUUUUAUAUUGUUGAUUCCCACUUCUGGGGCUUUAGAGAAGCUUGCCUAGAACAUCAUUUACAGAAGGGACAAGGUGUGGCUGGCAUGGCAUUUGCACUACGCAGACCAUGCUUCUCUAGCGAUAUUACCAAGUAUUGUAAAAGUGAAUACCCUCUUGUACACUAUGCCAGAAUGUUCAAGUUAGCUGGAUGUCUCGCUAUAUGCUUAAGAAGUGUCUACUCCGGAGACGAUGAUUACAUAUUGGAAUUCUUUCUUCCAGCCUACUGUAAAAGCCCUGUUGAGCAACAAGAUAUGUUGAAGUCCAUUUUAGCUUUGUUAAAACAAUGCUUCCAGAACAUGAAAAUCAUAACCCAUAUGGAAUUUGAAGAAGCAAUAUCUCUGGAACUUGUCUAUCUUGUUGCAGAUGACACUGAGUUGCGACGUGGGCUCCUAUCCAGUCAAAAUAUUGAUACUAGUCUUAAUGUUUCGCCGCCUGAAAAUAAUAUCUGGGAAGCUGGAGAAAAUGACGAAUUGGCAAACAACAAAAAUGAAUCUCUGGAUUUGCACGAGACUCCAGAUCCUGAUGUCAAAAUUGAAGGCAAUAUAAUUUCAGGUUCAAUAUCAUUGGCCAAGAAAACUAUUAAAACACCUGGGAAGAGGAGAGGCAAGGCAGAAAAGAUGAUCAGUUUAGAUGUUCUGCAACAAUAUUUCUCUGGAAGUCUUAAAGAUGCUGCACGGAGACUUGGUGUUUGUCCAACAACCAUGAAGCGCAUUUGUAGGCAUCAUGGAAUUUCUAGAUGGCCUUCUAGAAAAAUCAAUAAGGUCAAUCGCUCUCUUUCAAAGCUGAAGCAUGUCAUUGAGUCAGUUCAAGGGGAUGGAUCGUUGGAUUUGACUUCUCUAGCAGGUGCAGUACCAGCAACUAUUGAUUGUGUUCCAUGGCCUGUUAAUUUGGAAAGAUUAAAGAACUUUGAGGAAGGUGUGAAGGGGAGAGAAUUUUCACUUGAGGAGCCCCAUGAUAGAGAUGAUUUGCAGCAAAAAUCUAUUCCUCUUCAAUUAAAUAUUGAUGAUGCAUAUCUGCAACAGGGGCCUGCCAAUAAUUCUCGCUGUUCAAAAUCAGGAAGCUCUUUGGAUGACAGCAUGGAUGCCCCUAUUUCUCAAGGUUCAUGCCAGAGCGGUCCAGUCAACGAAAUCUUUACAAGUAAUCAACCACCUCUUGACUCAAAUCAAGGAUUGGAUGUUGGCUCUUCCUCAAAGUUCCUAUUAGAAAAUGAUUGUGACCAGAAACUCCCGAAUGAAAAUUUUCUUCCUAGCCCAUUCAUUGCAGAAGAACCUCAAACACCAGUUGAAAUGGCAAUCAAAGAUUCUGAAAGCACAAAAGAUUUGAGAAAUCUCUGUGUUUUUGGAAGAGAGGCUUCUCAGGAUGGUUGUGCCAUGAUUCCGAAUGAUACUGCAUUAAAAAACUGGGCAGUACAAGAAAAUAACACACUUACCAUCAAGGCAAGUUACAAAGAUGACAUAAUCAGAUUUCGAUUGCCGACUGAUGCUGGUGUUGUGCCUCUCAAAUAUGAAAUUUCUAGGAGGUUCAAGCUGGAUGUGGGUACAUUUGAUAUCAAGUAUCUUGAUGAUGAUCAUGAGUGGGUCAUGUUGGCUUGUGACUCUGAUUUGGAGGAGUGCAUUGAUAUAUCUAGAUUGUCUGGAGCUUAUAUAAUCAGACUAUCUGUUCAUGAUGUGAUUACAAACCUCGGAAGCUCCUGUGAGAGUUCAGAGUUUGAUCAUCAGAUUUUUGGUGCAAGGCAUUUCAAUACAGCUUGAGUGUAUGCCAAAGGCUUGUUUGUUUGUUGCAAAAAAUAUCGCAAUGUUGCUGUACUUUACAAUAUUAGGUAAGUGAAUCAGACAUAGACCAAAGACACCUCUUAUUUACUAGGCCUAGUACACAGUAGAGUGUGGAAAAAUUGUGGGUUGAAGUAAGAAGACUUGUCAUUUACGCAGAGUUGAGGUUUGUCACAAAUCUUGAGCUUUCAUCAUAUGAGCUCACAUAUCUUUAUCCUUU